AUGGGCAGAGCUUACAUGGAUAUGAGAGAUGCCAACUACAUAGGAGCCGACAAGUAUUUCCACGCUCGGGGUAACUAUGACGCUGCACAGAGAGGACCUGGCGGUCAGUGGGCAGCUAAGGUUAUAAGUAACGCCAGAGAAUUCGGCCAGAUGGCUGGAAGCAGCGGGAGAGGAAGAGAAGACAGUCUGGCCGAUCAGAGAGCAAACGAGUGGGGGCGAAGCGGAAAAGACCCAAACCACUUCCGUCCUAAUGGUCUGCCUAAAAAAUACUAGCCCCCACAUCCUCCAAUCAGAGAACACGCGGAGGACGACGCCUACAGAAUGAGCCGCAACUACACGUACAGGAAAUAUCAUAGCCGUUAAAUGUAUGACAAUAAAAUGUGUAAUUAUAAUAAUGGAGGACGAUGUAAA